CCCCAGGGAGGAGGAGCAGCGGGAGGAGCAGGAGGAGGAGCAGGAGCAGCAGCAGGAGGAGCAGAGGGGACAGGGAGAUUGCGCGUCCUCCCCCUUGCCACCCACCUGUUCCUCCCGCCCCGCACGGACUGGCCAGCCAGCCUCCCUCCCUCCCUCCCUCCCGCAACUUCCCUCCUGCAACUUUCCUCCCGCAGCCUCCCCCCUGCAGCCCUUCUGCCCGCAGCCUCCCUCUUGCAGCCUUCGUCCCGCAGCCUCCCUCCCGUAGCCUCCUCCCGCAGCCUCCCUCCCGUAGCCUCCUUCCGCAGCCUUCCCUCCCGCAGCCUCCUUCCCACAAGUUCCCUCCCGCAGCUUCCCUCCUGCAACCUCUCUCCCGCAGCCUCUCUCUUGCAACUUCCCCCUUGCAGCCUCCCUCCCGCAACCUUCCCUCCCGCAGCCUCCCUCCUGCAACCUCUCUCACCCGCAGCCUCCCUCCUGCAACUUCCCCCUUGCAGCCUCCCUCCUGCAACCUCUCUCUCUCGCAGCCUCCCUCUUGCAACUUCCCCCUUGCAGCCUCCCUCCCGCAGCCGCCGGCGAUGGACUGGUUUUGGAGCUUAGUGGUCGCCUCUUCGCUCGCCCUGGAAGCGGCCGGAGACUUCGACGGCAGGUGGCCGAGGCAAAUGGUGACCUCCAUUGGACUCUGUCGCUAUGGGAGUCGAAUCGACUGCUGCUGGGGUUGGGCUCGCCAAUCGUGGGGACAGUGUCAGCCUUUCUACGUCUUAAGGCAGAGAAUAGCCAGGAUAAGGUGCCAGCUCAAAGCCGUAUGCCAACCUAGAUGUAAACACGGGGAAUGCAUAGGACCAAACAAGUGCAAGUGUCAUCCCGGUUACACAGGAAAAACCUGCAACCAAGAGGAACACCUUUCUCCAAUCCCUCUUCACCAGUUCAGUGACCAGCUUCCUUUCUACCCCCUGGAUCGUCAUGCCACCAGUUUCCCAUCAAGGGAUCUGAACGAAUGUGGACUAAAACCCCGCCCGUGCAAGUACCGAUGCAUGAAUACUUACGGCAGCUACAAGUGCUACUGUUUAAACGGAUACAUGCUUAUGCCUGAUGGAUCGUGUUCAAGUGCCCUGUCUUGUUCCAUGGCAAACUGUCAGUACGGCUGUGACGUUGUGAAAGGCGAGGUGCGAUGUCAUUGUCCUUCUCCAGGGUUGCAGCUGGGCCCUGACGGGCGGACCUGCGUGGAUGUGGAUGAAUGUGCUACCGGAAGAGCGUCAUGUCCUAGAUUUAGACAAUGUGUCAACACUUUUGGAAGCUACAUCUGCAAGUGCCACAAAGGCUUCGACCUCAUGUAUAUUGGAGGCAAAUACCAGUGCCAUGACAUAGACGAAUGCUCCAUCGGCCAGCAUCAGUGCGGUGGUUUUGCCCGAUGCUACAAUACACACGGAUCCUACAGGUGUAAAUGUAAAGAGGGAUACCAGUGGGAUGGCAUGAAUUGCCUAUAUAUUCCAAAAGUCAUGAUUGAUCCUUCGCGUCCAGAUCACACCUCAAAGGGAAACAGUACUUUUCCAAAGGGAAAUGGAGGACACAUUAAUGGGAUUCCUGAUGUUGGAGGGACUCGAUGGCCCCCGAAGACACCACAUAUCCCACCGCCCAUCCCUACUGUCAUCACUGCCAGGCCUACGCUAAGGCCAACGCCAAAACCAACCACGAGGCCUACACCACCCCCUGCCACAACACCUAGACCUACUAGAGCUUGGACAACUCCGCCACCUCCGCCAACCUCGACAACAGAAGCUCCCAAAAUGACCACGACAGACUCUUCCGUUGUACUGGAAAUACCAGUUGAAACUACGUCUCCCGGAGAGAUCACCGUUGACAACAGGAUUCAGAUAGAGCCUCAGAAACCCAGAGGGGAUGUUUUUAUUCCACGUCAGCCUGGAGUGAACAACGAUCUGUUUGAAAUGUUUGAAAUCGAAAGAGGAAUUAGUGCAGACGAUGAAGCAAAGGAUGAUCCAGGCGUUCUGAUUCACAGCUGUAACUUUGACCAUGGUCUUUGUGGAUGGAUCAGGGAAAAAGAAGAUGAACUGCACUGGGAACCUGUCAGGGAUUCAAAAGGUGGACGCUAUCUGACCGUCUCAGCACCUAAGAGUCUGGUGGGGAGAGUGGCCCGCCUGGUGCUUCCACUGGGCCACCUGAGGCAUCGGGGAAACUUGUGCCUUUCCUUCCGGCACAAGGUGUCCGGGCUGCACUCCGGCGUGCUCCAGGUGUUUGUGCGAAAACAUGGUGCCCACGGAGUGGCCCUGUGGGGUAGAAAUGGAGGCCAUGGCUGGAGGCAAACACAGAUUACCUUGCAAGGCUCAGACGUGAAGAGCGUCAUCUUCAAAGGUGAAAAGAGGCAUGGGCAUUCGGGGGAGAUUGGAUUGGACGAUGUGAGCUUGAGAAGAGGUCACUGUUCUGAAGAACCUUAGCCACCUGAGAACUAAGGAAAGAACAGCAACUCUGCUCCUUUCCCUCUCCCCUCAGCUACUUCCCGUCCUCCCCUUCACCACGCCUAGAAGACGGCUCUGGCUCACCCAAGGGUUCAGUUGGUCAUUUACUUCUGGUUUGAUUGCAUAGUGCCACCCCAGUGAACAAGGAAAGCCUCCUGGAAAUCACGAGGACACUGAUACUUCAAAUCAGCAGUGGAGCCCCGUCAGUCUCAGCUUCUUCUCCUCAGGCCAGUGCGUACGUGUGUGUGUGUGUGUGUGAGAGAGAGACAAGCGACCUCCUUCAGUGGACCUGCAGAAUGAACUGCGAAAUAAAGGAGCAAAGUUAUGAUUAGAAA